UUGUCAUGUGACCCGGUGUACAUGAUAAUGAACAUCGCAUGACUAGCUACGCUGGUUUAUAUUGUGCCAAAUAACGUUAACUGAUUUGAGUGUUAAUAAAAAUUAUUUACGUUGUUGACAGACCAUAUAUUGAUAGACGAAGACUAAAUUUGUCAUAUUAUAGCACAUCUGGAGGCUGUAUCAUGGCGGAAGUGGAGGAGCAGGGAAGAAAACUAAGUGAAGAAUCAACAGAUGAAUCAGAGGAGGAGGACACGGAGGAGGAGCCUAAACUGAAGUACGAGAGGCUGACCAAUGGCGUGACAGAGAUCUUGCAGAAGGAUGCGGCCAGCUGCAUGACGGUGCAUGACAAGUUCCUGGCUCUUGGGACACACUUUGGGAAGGUUUACCUUCUGGAUAUCCAAGGAAAUGUUACACAGAAGUUUGAAAUUAGUCCAGUGAAAAUAAACCAGAUUAGUUUGGAUGAGAGCGGUGAUCAUGUUGGCGUCUGCUCUGAGGAUGGAAAGGUACAAGUGUUCGGCCUGUACACCAGGGAGGGCUUCCACGAAAACUUUGACUGCCCGAUCAAGGUUAUGGCGCUACACCCUCAAUUCAUCAAGUCCAACAAUAAGCAGUUUGUGACUGGAGGAAAUAAGCUUUUGCUUUAUGAGAGGAACUGGCUGAACCGUUGGAAGACCUCUGUUCUGCAUGAAGGAGAGGGAAACAUAACCAAUGUGAAGUGGAGAGGCAACCUCAUUGCCUGGGCAAACAAUGUGGGUGUGAAAAUCUAUGACAUCGCCAGUAAACAGCGCAUCACUAAUGUGUUGCGGGACAACACAAGUCUAAGGCCGGAUAUGUAUCCCUGCAGUCUUUGCUGGAAAGACAACACCACACUGAUCAUCGGAUGGGGCUCUUCUGUUAAGAUAUGUGCUGUUAAAGAGCGUGACCCGACAGAGAUGAGAGAUCUACCCAGUCGCUACGUUGAGAUUGUGUCAGCAUUUGAGACCGAGUUCUUCAUUAGUGGACUGGCGCCUUUAGCAGAUCAGCUAGUCACUCUGUACUAUGUCAAAGAAAGCUCUGAGGACAUGGAGGAAGAGUUCAGAACACGGCCUCGUUUAGACAUCAUCCAGCCGUUACCCGAGGGCUGUGAGGAGAUCUCAUCCGAUGCUCUCACUGUACGCAACUUCCAGGAGAACCAGUGCAGGGACUACAGGCUCGAACACUCAGAGGGAGAGUCUCUAUUCUAUAUAAUCAGUCCUAAAGACAUUGUAGUGGCUAAAGAAAGAGACCAGGAUGACCACAUCGACUGGCUUCUGGAGAAGAAGAAAUAUGAGGAAGCACUGAUGGCUGCAGAGAUCAGCUUCAAAAACAUUAAACGUCAUGACGUACAGAAAAUUGGAAUGGCGUACAUUAAUCAUCUGGUGGAGAGAGGAGAUUAUGACACGGCUGCCAGAAAGUGUCAAAAAGUGCUUGGAAAGAACAUGGAUCUCUGGGAGAAUGAGGUGUACAGGUUCAAAACCAUUGGACAGCUGAAAGCGAUCAGUCAGUACUUACCAAGAGGAGACCUACGUCUUAGACCAGCGAUUUAUGAGAUGAUCCUUCAUGAGUUCCUCAAGACUGAUUAUGAGGGUUUUGCCACACUGAUUCGUGAAUGGCCAGGAGAGCUGUAUAACAACAUGGCUAUAGUUCAGGCAGUGAAUGAACACCUGAAGAAGGACCAAACCAACAGCAUUCUCCUCACCACACUGGCUGAGCUGUACACGUAUGAUCAGCGUUACGAUCGCGCUCUGGAGAUCUACCUGAAACUGAGACAUAAAGAUGUUUACCAGCUCAUUCACAAACACAACCUCUUCUCCUCCAUCAAGGACAAGAUUGUCCUGCUCAUGGAUUUUGACAAAGAGAAAGCUGUUGACAUGCUGCUGGAUAAUGAAGAUAAAAUAUCGAUCGACAAAGUGGUGGAUGAAUUAAAAGACAGACCUGAGCUGUUACAUGUGUAUUUGCACAAGCUGUUUAAGCGAGACCACCAUAAGGGGCAGAAGUACCAUGAGAGGCAGAUCAGUUUGUAUGCGGAGUUUGACCGACCCAACCUACUGCCCUUCCUCAGGGAAAGCAUGCACUGCCCGCUGGAGAAGGCUUUGGAAAUCUGUCAGCAGAGGCACUUUGUAGAAGAGACGGUCUUCCUGCUCAGUCGAAUGGGAAACUGCAGACGUGCCCUACAGAUGAUCAUGGAGGAGCUGGCGGAUGUGGACAAGGCCAUCGAGUUUGCCAAAGAGCAGGAUGACCGAGAACUCUGGGAGGAUCUCAUCUCUUACUCCAUAGACAAACCACCGUUCAUCACAGGCCUCUUGAAUAACAUCGGAACCCACGUGGACCCCAUCCUGCUCAUUCACCGCAUUAAAGAAGGGAUGGAGAUUCCUAACCUCAGAGACUCUCUGGUCAAAAUCCUACAGGACUACAAUCUACAGAUCUUACUGAGAGAGGGCUGUAAGAAGAUCCUGGUGGCCGAUUCGCUGUCUCUUCUACAGAGGAUGCACAGGACACAGAAGAGAGGAGUGCGGGUGGAUGAGGAAAAUAUCUGUGAAUCCUGCCACACUCCUAUUCUACCACCAGACACGGCUCAAGCGUUUGGUGUGGUGGUUUUUCACUGCAGACACAUGUUCCACAAGGAGUGUCUCCCAUCCCCAGGAACUGUUCUAGGAACACAGUAUUGUAACAUCUGCAGUGCAAAGCGGAGAGGCCCGGGCAGUGGCAUACUGGAUAUGAAGAAAUAAUCAUUCUACUAGAAUUACAGUUACACAUUUACCACACACUCAUUAGAAACAGUUACAAAUGCAAUGAUUAAAUGAGCUUCCCUUUAGUAACAGUAUUUAUUAAUCCAAGCUUGUGAUCUUCGUGUUAGAUUGUUUGACACAAACAGCGCCAAUAAAAUACUCACAAUAAAAGAUAUGGUGCAACAUAUCCUUUUUCAUCAAAUCUCAAGGUCCACUAAGAAAUCUGAUUGCUAAAAGUUACUGUCUUUUAGUACGAUUCAAAAUGCUUAUUACCUCUAGUAAUUUUUACUGAUGUAAUAUACUUCAAAUUCAGAGACAUUUUUACAAUAGUUGUUCAGAUAAUGAAACAACCCAGCAGUGUUUAUCCGGUCAGAAAAAUAACAUGGUGAGUCUGAGAGGUUUUGGCGGGGAUUCUGAUACUAACUAUACGCGUACAUUUAUAGUUUAACAUGGCAAAACAGCUCCACACAUAAACAGGAACGCAUUUGACACUGCAUAUUUCAUAGCAAUGACCGCAGCGCCCUCUACAGGCCACAGCAAGAAAAAUACAAAUACACAUCAAACCAGAAACAUGAUGUGAGAUUAGAAAGGUUAAACUUUAAUAAUGUUUCGUCAAUCAUCAUGGAAUCAAAUAAAAUGAGGAGAGGAACAUGGAUGAAAAGGUUAAAGGGACAUUGUUAGAGAACAUCCAUUAUUCGCAAUAUAUCGACAAACUAGCGCAGAACUACAUUCUCAGAGGGUUACGGUGGCUUUUUUUUUUUACUCCUCACGAGUGGUAAGAAUCAAAUCAAACAGGCUUUACCUGCAACACGACAAGGAAGUGCCUUCCAGAACGCAUUCUCUAAAUAUAUAUGUAUACAUCUCCCCCAACACUUUAGUAUUUUAGUUUCUUCAACAUUAAGGCCACUUUAAAAAAUUAAUUUGAAGACCUGACAAGGGGAGGAAAAAAUAUCAUUUUCAAGUUUAAAGUUGAAACGCUGAAUCGCUCAUCUUUGGCUGGACUGGUGUUAAUUCCUGUAGCCAAUCAGAGCCCAGGACCUGGUCGACAUGGUAACCACAGAUAUGCAACUGAGGUAGUCUCCCCUCUAUUGCCCAAACCGAAAACUCCCAGUUUUGUCAUCACAU